AUGUCCCCAUCCAAUUCCUCCCAUUCAAACAACAACUCCACCACCAAUGCCAAAAACGCCGCUAUCUCCCAAGGCCACAAAGACUCCGAUAUCCACGGUGAACACAACGAUUGGAAAUUUCGCGUCCCUUACAAAGUCCAUGAGAAUGAUGUAGGAUUCAAGACUCUAUAUGAAGGUGCUUGUCAUUGUGGGAGGGUGAAGUAUCAGUUGAGUAGGGAGAGGCCUUUGAGUGCGAAGUUUUGUCAUUGUACUACUUGUCAGGUUUUGCAUGGUGAGUUGGUUGGUUUACUUUUUAUAUUUUGGUGAGAAACGGGAUGGGAAGGGGAAAGGCAAAUGGAAAGGGAAAGGGGCGAGGGGUAAGAAUAGGAGGAUGAGGAUUAGUAUGCUAAUGUGAGGACUUGAUAGGAGCACCAUUUCAAUGGGCGGCGAUUUUUCACAAGGAAGAUAUUAAUUUUACCCAUGGUCAUCAUGAUUUAGGUUGGUACGUACUAAUAUUGUUUUAUAUCCCUUGUCUUAAUCUCCCUUCUCUACUAUAUAACCAACCAUCUUUUCCAAGCCUCCCAAUCACUAUACCCAUCCAAUUCAGCCCGAUUUCCCCAUUGCCCGAACCCAUCCCAACCCAAGCAAUUCUAACCCCAAACUAGGUACGAAUCCGAAGAAAAAACCACCCGUCACAAGCUCCCCUGCAAAGUAAGCUGUUCAUACUGUCGCACGCCCAUCAUGGACGAAGGACGAAACAUGAUCCUUUUAUUUCCCAGCUUGAUAAAAUUUAAGAAUAAGGGAGAGAAGGAGAGAUUUAAUCCCGAGUAUGUAAUUUCUUUUCUUUUCUUUUCUUUUUGCCCUCUUCCUUUUCCUUUUCCUCAUCCAUUGGAUUGGAUUCUAUAUCUCUGUUGAAUAGAUAUUAUGGUGAGAUAAUUGAGAUUAUUUGCUAAUAUAUGUUGGAAUUCGAUUAUAGAUGCCAUAUGUUUUAUUCACAGCGCUUGGUAGAUCUCCCGGAUGGGUUACCGAAGUGGACGGGUUUGAAUGAUCAGAGUGAUUUGAUUGAGGAUAGUCCACCGGAAGCCAUACAGAAGAGAAAGUGGGAGAAGGAAGAAGAGGAAAACGAGGCAAAGAAGGGAGAUGGCCAUGAUAACAAGAAAGAGAGGAAAGAGUAGAUGUUUUGGGGGUCGG